AUGGAGAGGGUACAGUUCCAGCAGGAGCAGAUGCUCGAUGAGCUGAAGGAUUUGGUGGAGAAGGGGUUGUUUACGGAGAAAGAGACCAAGCAAAUCAUGAAGAAGCGGACAGGGUUCGAGACGGCCCUCGUACGUCGUGUGGCGAGGAAGGAAGACUUCCUGCGGUAUGCGUCGUACGAGAUGGGCCUGGAGCAGCUGAGGCGAAAGAGAGUGGAGAGGUUGAAGCUGCCUCGGGGCCCAGCAACGGUGUCAGACUACGCACUUGUUCGCCGGCAGUUCCAGAUCUUCGAACGGGCGGUGAAGAAGUUCAAAUCGGAUGUCGGACUGUGGCUGCAGUACAUCCAGGUCGCGAAGAAAGAGGGUGCACGCGCGCUGGUGGGGAGGAUAACUGCAAGAGCGCUGCAGCUCCACCCAAACAAUACGUCGCUGUACAUCCUGGCGGCGAUGCAUGAGCUGGACCACCACUCGCCGUCGGCGGCACGGACGCUGCUGCAGCGAGGGAUCAGGCUGAACCCGGAGCGCAUCGACAUGUGGACGGAAUACGUAAAGAUGGAGCUUGGGUUCGUCGAGAGGCUCCGGCGGCGGUGGGACGUCCUCGGGAUCAAGGUGUCAAGUUCCGGAGAAAGUAGAGGGCUUCGCGAUACGAGCCAAGCAAUCAUGGGUGGAAGGAUGGGGGAAGAAGAGGAGGGAGAAGAGGACGGGGUGGAGGCAGAGUAUGGAGGGGAUGCUGGUGCAGAUGCGCGGCGACAGGUGAUGGAAGGGGCGAUUGUGGAAUCAGUGAUCUCGAACGCGGCGAAAGCGAUCCCGCGGGUGGAGCUGUUUGGAUCGAUCAAGGAAAUGAUAUCGGGGUAUCCUUCGCCGGAGAGUCUGCGGAGGAAGGUGUUGGAACACCUGCACGAGGAGCUUCGACGGGCCCUGCCUGACGACGCUACUGCGGUGGUACUCUAUGCCUGCCGGUUUCUGGCCCGGGGCCAAAGUAGGAAGGAGGCGGUGGAGGGGCUCCGGCGGGCGAACGAGGAGCUGCUUGCGCGGGUGCAGGCCGAGGGGCGGACGUCGGAGGCGCUGUGUGAGGGGUACGCCAAGUUUGUGGAAGAGCAGUGGACGGAUGAAAGCCUGACUGCUGGGGCAGACCCCAUCGGCAUGAGGGCACGUGUCGAGACUACGGUGGACGCAUGCGGUGCAGGGCAGCCAUCACAUGCGGUGUCCGGAUUUGGGCAGGAUCUGGGCGAAACGAGUGCACACUCCCCUCCCUUUUCUUCUUCUCCCAUCCCCGAGCUCCUCCCUCCCCUCCCCCCACCCUCGACCGGGCGUCGUGUCCCCCCGCUCCCCCCUGCAUGCAUCCCGGCCCAACCCAGCUCAGACUCAAAGCCGGUCUCGUCUGAACGGACCCGAACGCAGCGCGCGCACGCCCCAGCUGCCCCGACGCUAAUGUUGCAGCACCAGGCCAACCCCCCGCCGCUCUCGCUCCAGUCCCAACGGAUAUCCGAAACACAACCAACGGACACCGACUUCUUCCGCCCUAAUGAUCUCCCACAACGCCCCCUCAAACUCUCCCCCUCCCAGCAGCAGAUCCUCCACUCUGCUGCCCUGCUGAACCGCAGGCGCCUCAAGAAGGACAUCAUCCCCGCCCGCCAACACAUCAGCACCCCUCCCCUCUCUAUUUCAACUAAUCUUUCUUCUUCUUCUCCUUCUUCUUCUCCUGCCACUACCUCUGCAAAGCUUCCCCGAACCCCUUACAUCUCGUCCCGCCAGCUCCACUCUUCCAGCCCCGUACCAUUCCCCAACCAGCCCCCAGCAGCCGCCCCCAAGUCUUCUACAUCCUCUAUCGGCUCUCAGGCCCUGCACGAUGUCCUCGCCCCAGGAGAUAUCGUGGGAGAAGGGUUCUACCUACAAGGCGAACCCAUCCGCAUUGUCUCCACUGACAUGCCCCCCUCCCCAGUGCCCAAUCUCGAGUUCGAGGUCAUCAAGCAGCUCGGUACCGGGAGCUACGCAGUCGUUUAUCUCGUACAAGAGGUCCUCUCACGUCCAGCCCCCUCCGAAGAUGGUCACAUGUCAACAAUCGGUGCAAUGGAACUAGAUAACAGGUCCCUCAACUCGACCACCGCACAAACCGUCUACGGCAGAAAGUAUGCUAUCAAGUGCUUAUCCAAGGCUGACCUCGACGAAGAGGCUCUAGCUAUUCAAUUGUCCGAGGUUACUAUUCAUCAGUCACUGCACCACCAUCCCAAUAUCGUCUCCCUUCAUCGCACUUUCGAAACUUCUGCUUUUUUGCUUUUGCUUUUGGAAUACGUCCCCGGCGAGGACUUGUUCUACUUCCUCGAACAAGCCCGCGACCAUUAUGAUCUGGAAACUUCCCAGCCCACCGACUCGUCAGUCUCCAACUCCCACACUCCCCCGACUCCUAGCUUGCUUUCAAACUUGCACCCGUCUCAACUGCUGUCCCGCACCCGCCUCCGCCUCAUCUCCUCCAUGUUCUCCCAGAUGUGCGACGCCGUGGCGGCGUGCCAUUCCCAGCAGGUCUUUCAUCGUGAUAUAAAGCCCGAGAACUUCAUUGUCACCGAUGGUGCUUUCACAACGCCUGAUGGUCGGCUCGAGCGCAAGGUCGUCGUCAAGCUGUCCGACUUUGGACUCUCCACUACCGACCUAGAGUCCUCUGAUAUGGAUUGCGGAAGCGCCCCUUACAUGAGCUACGAAUGCAGGAACAAUGUUGCUCCAACUUAUCGUCCACGGGCGGCAGAUGUCUGGUCUCUGGGCAUCGUCUUGAUCAACAUGCUGUAUCACUGCAAUCCAUGGACCGACACUGCACAAGGCGCCUGCUCCUCUUUCGACGUCUACUUGCGCGAUCCGAUCAACUUUUUCAUGCAGCGCUUCACAGGCAUGACCAGGCCAGUCGCUGAGGUCCUCGCCACUAGGAUCUUCUGCAUCCUUGACGACCCUCACGAUGACUCCUCCCGCAUGACUGCCGCAGAGUUUGGAACCUGGGUCAAGAACCUUCCCACCCUCUUGGGAGGCCAUGGUGUCCGUCGCACCGUCUCCAGCAGCUCGACCCAAGGCCAUCGCAUCUCCUUAUCGCUUCCCAUGUCUCAUCGGCCCUCGUCCAGACAAGCAUCUGUGUCGACUACUGUCGCCGCUGUCCGCACGCCUGCCAUCCCAGCUCGUUCCUUGUCCCGCGCUCCGUCACUCGAGCCGGCGUUUGAGCGAGAGGAGCUGUCAACUGUCAUCGACCAUGAUAACGAGGACGACGGUGACGACGCUGCGGAGGGUGAUGUUGAGAUUGAGGGCAUGACGUCCCGAUCAACUUCCACCAACAAGCGGAGGAGAAGGGGCACCCGCAAAGGCAGAGGUUCUACUGCCGCCGCGAAUCCGCCUGCCCCUCAGGACGAGACGCUGACCACUCUCGCCGUGGCUUCUCAAUCUUUGGCCCGCGAGAUCAGCCUGGCAUCAAAGGCUCCGUCCAGGGCGCCGUCCAAGGCACCUUCCAAGGCACCGUCCAAGGCCCCCUCGCAUUCGUCGACGUCAACGAAGAACUCUUCAGCAAGCAAGAAGAGCUUCGAGCCCGUCUCGAUGUACGCCAUGCCGACCGCCCUCCUCUCCAAUACACGUCCAGCUGCGCGUCCAGCCGCUCCUCCUCCGUCUUCCGCUCGCCCCGUAUCACCACCAUCCGUUCCUCCGCCUGUCACCAAGAAGCCGUCGAAGUGGAAGCUCAGCUUUGGCAAAAACAGCGCAGCUUCGCUCGCCAAUGCUGCUGCUGGCCGUGUCUCGCCGGUAGAGGAAGCCUCACCCCAGCCCUCUGUUGACCUGUCGCACCCACCCAUGUCGAAGACGGCGAGCAACGUAACGAGCCUCCUUAUGGGUUUGAAUGCCCCGCUACCGCCGCCUCCUUCGAACGCCUCCGUCAAGUCCUCCACCUCUGACGACGCUUCGUCUACUUGGAGCAGGGGUCGUCGUGCGAGGGAAUCGCAGUCGCCCGCCGCUUCCGUCAAGACCCACAGCAGGUCGCCAGGGCACGCGCUCUCUGCGGGCCCCGCGCCUCCUCCUCCUGCACUCCCUCCUCUCCCGCAAGACGCCUCGUCGUGGGCCUGCCACCACGAACGCCGCCCCGAGCAGCGUGCGGUGUCGCCCAACAGCACUCGCAGUGGCCGCCCAAUCGGCUCGAGCGCAAGCUCGGUCGUGUCGUCCAACUGGCGCAGCUCGAUGAGCACCACCUCGAGCGCGGGCACCUCCACGUCGGCGUUUACGCGCUACAGCAACUCCAGUGCCAGGAGCGUCUCCACGACAGCGACGAGUGUAUCGUCUGCCAGCUGGCGCACGAGCGUCAAGCCCUCUUCGACGUUGUCGUCUUCCAACCACUCGACUUAUGCCCAGGGCAACCUCCCGAAGAACAUCAAGAUCAUGGAUGGUGUUCCUUGGGAACUGGACCAACUGCCUCGUGGGCAACAUCCUAAUCCCGUCGGCGACAUAUUUGGCUCUCCUCCUGUGCGCAAGCAACGGACGCGCAAGCCACCCAAGGACCUCACGCUCGACACUAUCACAGAGCGCCCCUCUGGCCCUGCCAGCUCCAAGACCCCCGAGCACUUGCGAAGGGACGCGUCGACGAGCACGACGGACCUCAACGGUCCGGCGAGCGCGAAGGAGGAGACCGAUGGUGUCAAGAAGGUGCAGAAGGGCCAGAUCAACGCCCUCGCCAAGAUGCUCUCCGCCCUCCGUCGCUGA